CUCACACUCCUCUACCUCCUAUCACCUCCGAUAUGUCGCCUCUGAUACUUCGUCCACCGACGCCUCCCCUCUCACACCGACGUCAUUCCCGCGAAACAGUGUCAUCUCCCACGUCAUUCUACACUCUCCCUUCUCCUUCUUCUCCCUCUCCUACCCCCACUCCUACUUCCACUCCUACUCCAACAAGGCGUACCCAUUCACCCCGUUUACCACCCACCACCCAACCAAGACGCUUCCCCUCCCCAUUCUCAAAACCCUCUUCACCCUCUCCCUCUUCCUCAGUCCCCUUUCCAGCAGCAGGCCGUUCCUCCCCCGCCCCUUCCUCAAUCGGCGGUCGCUCCUUCUCACUCUCCAUAUCAAAAGACAAGCCAGAAGAAACCCAAAGAGCAGGGAGGAUGUUCUCUUCCGUAAAGCGUACUUUGAGUGCAUUCCGUCGUUCCCCUCCAGCUCAGCCGGAGGACUACGAAUCCGCACUCUCGGCCCUCCCUCUCCCACCACUCGAACCUCCCCCUUUACCUCCCACCAUCUCCCAAAUCGCCCGCGGGCUCGCAAGCAAACCUCCCCGUCUCCCGCGCCGCUUCUCUCCAGGCCGCAGCAGCCUCAAACGCUCGCCUUCCGGAUCGCCGGUGAGCGUCAGCGGGAGUGGGAGUGGGGGAGCGAGUGACAGUCCGAGCCUGACGAGCGCUAGUGGGAGCGGGAGGAGUGGGAGGUCCACCGCUCUGGGCACUCCGAGUAGCUCGAGCAGCUUUUUGCCGAGCUUUGGCUUAGGACUGGCAGGGCUGGGGCGGAGGUUGAGUAGGAGCAGUUCGGCUGCUGGGGGGGAGGAUCUUUUCGGGGCUGGGGCGGGGGUGGGGUACGUCGGAGUGGGAGUGGGGUACGUCGGAGUGGGAGUGGGGAGGAAACCGAGUGCUACGAGUGCUAUUAGCGCUAGUGCGAGCGCGGCUAGUGGAAGGAGUGGGAGCUACGAGUCCCUCGGUGAGAGGAAAGUGAGGUUUGGAGGACAGGUGGUGGUUGUUGCUGCUAGUGGACUUAUUACUGGAUUCGGCAGAGAACGAGAACGGACGACUAACAUUGAGGGACUCAGGUCCAAGACGGAAGACCGCACGACUGAAGAACGUAGACGGAGAAAUCUAUGA